AUGGCAUUUGAAGGUGGUAGAAUCUACAUCGUCGAACUCCCAUCUGGCGUCCAUGAUGGCUUUUGUGAAUUGUUCAAGGUGGAAAUGGUGUUUGCGACUGGUACCCGUGAUCAUCAUUUGGUGUCGCGUGGAUCGAGCUACGUUGAGAGACUUCGAAAGCUCGAGCCCGAUUGCAGUUUUGGUCCUGCUCCUGGUAUUGGUGCCAUUCGUCCUGGUGGUAUGACGUGGAUCGAAUAUCACACAUUAAAGGUGGAAGUGGGCGUCUCACGAGGAUGGCCGUAUUUGGAUCGGAAAGCGGAUCAGUGGAGGCAAUUUCCCGGCGUCGAAUACAUUCUCUGCAUUCGUCUAUCACCAGCGCUGCAUGUUCGUCAGUACAAGCUCUACACGGUGAAUAAUCGAGCAAAUCCACUUCCGCCUAUGGAUCCUAUACCUAUCGUCAAUCCGACUAAUGUGACUUUCAAUUCGCGCCGUCUAUUAGGCCUCGCUAGUCGAGGUCGCACUCCUCAAGGGUCCUCUCAGCCCAAUGUGGUGAUCACUUUAUUGCCUCUCGUAGAGAGGCUGAUUCAAGAAAACCAGUGA